AAGUUGUGGGGUGACUUUAUAUGGAGUUGGGACCUUUGGGGUUGGGGAAACUUGUCACUCUACUGUAACAGCUGCAAAUUGGUUGGGAACAACCAAGCUAGGUUGGCAAGGGUGGCCAACUUGGAUGGAUUGGUUGGGAAGGGACAAAGGUCAAAGUUGAGGUUCCUAUAGGGAGGGAAUCUUUGUGCUUAUGGGGUUUCCUUGAUUCUUGAACUUUGAUUGAACUCUUGAGAUUGAGUUAAGUUCUCCUCCUACAGCUUACCCCCUAGUGCGUCGAAAGCCAUAGCGUCGCGAAUACUUCAUCAAUCAACGUGAUUCAAAUUGGGAACGGUAGCUGAGAUCAAGAGCUACAACAUAUCCAAGUUUCGCGACAUUCCAACGGCUAGUGUUUUGUCGACGUCGUUUCUUGUGAAGACGACUUUUCUGUCCAGAAUUUCGGAUUUAUAUUUUGACUUUGGAUGGCUCCAACUAUGAGGAAUGGAGCGGGCGGAUGAGGAGUGCCUUCAAACGCUACAAGCUACUGAAGAUUGCUGUUGGGGAGGAGAAGAUGCCGGAAGAAGGCGAAGCACGUGAACGGUGGAUUGAGAAAAGCGCGGUGCUUUUCGACCUCAUCCUUCAAUCGGUCAACAAGGAGAUGUUCGAGCACAUCAAGGAUCUUGUGGAAGCGGAUGAUUCGGGUCCAAGGGCGUGGAAACUACUACGUGAUGUGAUUCAGCCCAACACUCUCCCAAUGGUGAUCGUGCUCGAGAAGGAACUUGCUGCCAUCUCCAUGCGACCAGGGGAUGAUGUGAAGCCGGUCCUUGACAAGAUCAAGGACACCUAUGCAACGAUGGCAGCAGCGGGCAGCAGUGUAUCUCAGCUGCAGCAGUGCACCAAGAUCAUCUCGGUGUUGGACAACUCUUGGGACAACCUCAUCCCCACCCUCAACUCUCAGCAAGAUCAAUGGACACCUGAGUGGCUAAGGCAGCAGAUUCUGCAGGAGGACUUCCGCAGACGCCAUGUGGGAGGCGGUGCUGCCACUAAGACUGCUGAGGGGUAUGGAGCUGCAAGGCGCGGCAGAGGAAGAGGGGGUUGGAGAGGCCGAGGCCGUGGGAGGAGCUUUGGCAGAGGUAGAGGCCGAGGUGACUAUAAUGAGGGGCAUGGGAGCUCCAGUGGCAGGGGGAGUACCAGAAUGGAGGGCACCUGCUGGUACUGCAAGAAGGUCGGGCAUCCUUGGUUCAAGUGCUUCAGCAGCCGGAGGGAUGGGCACCUCCAGGCAUGAAGCCGCCAAGUGGUGAACGCGCACAAGGUGGCGCUGUGCAAGGCUCAGGUGCACAAGGUGAAGGUGCACAAGGUAACGCCUAUCCUGGGAUGUAUCUCAUGGUUGAGGAUGUGCAUGGGCAUGAGGGUGAU